AUGGCUUCAGCGCACGGCCAGCCUGGCUUGAAUGCCAUUCAUCACCACCCACCAUCCGCUGAUCAAGAGAGAAGAAAGAGCAACACACCAAAACCGCCCGCUUCACUGCAACCUUCACCUCUACCUCCCCACCCGGAGGAUAUCAGCAGCACAAGCAAUGCUCCGUAUGUGCUCAACCCACCAAGUACUACAGGCCUUCGCAAGUCAUCGCCGACAAAAGGAUAUCAUCGUCCCAAGUCUUCCGACUCAGGCCACCAAGGCAGCAAACUCGGCUUCGUGUCGAUAAGUGCGCCUUCUCCAGCAAUGUUCCCCACCGAUUCCCCUGUCAAAAGAAACUCGUCUCAUUAUCUUCAUCGACGGGCUCCUUCAUUACCACUGCAGGCUGCUUUCUCAACUUUUCCUAGCGCCCCAUCUCCCUAUCCGACUCAACACCAAUUCUCUUCUAGCUUCCCCAAUGACGGCUUUGCAGACUUUCCAGACCCGUCCUGUCAAGUGCGGCCACUUAAACGGUCUCUCAUGGAAGCGGCUCUCUUGAAGGACCGUCAAACAUCCAAAAAGCAGAAGCGUGAGGAUUCAGUGGCAUUUACGCUCCCAGAGCCUCAUGAAAUGCCACCUAUUGUGGAUGAUGGCUCCAAGCCACCUUACAGCUAUGCGACUUUGAUUGGCAUGGCAAUACUACGCGCGCCCGAUCGAAAACUGACACUCUCCAGUAUUUACAAAUGGAUUUCUGAUACCUUCGCUUUCUACCGUUCUGGGGAUGCGGGCUGGCAAAACAGUAUUCGCCAUAAUCUCAGCUUGAACAAAGCGUUCAUCAAGCGCGAGCGUGGCAAGGAUGACCCAGGAAAGGGAAAUUACUGGGCAAUCGAACCUGGUAUGGAGGCACAAUUCGUCAAGGACAGGUCUGCUCGACGAGCAACACUGUCUAGCAUUCCACUACCCCCGAUUAUCCUUCAAAGGGAUGCUCCUACAUUUGCACCCCAAUCCAGUACAUCUAUGUGGAGAGUCCCUCCACCUUCGUCCUCUUCUGUCCAGCCUACAGAAGUUGCCAAAACUCAGGAACCGUCGUCUGAUGCUACCAUUCUCGCUUCGGAUCCGGCUCUCCAAGAGGACGGUCCCGAGGAAGAAGCUCCAAGCGCAACGGCUCACCCAAAUAUUCCUCGCUCUUCCCCUCCUCAGGUCAUACGCUCAUCUCCACCAGUUGCGCCUUCUCGCUUCUCACGACAAGGCACUCCACCAACUCCUACUCGCCCUAUGGCAUCUACAGCAGUUCCUCGGUCGCGGAACAAUCCUUCUGCGGCUGCGAAUGACAGUGGAUAUUAUUCGUCUCUGGAAUCCUCGGUUAUGAGGACAAAUAAGGCUGGCCAUAUCUUGACCUCUGACUUAGACAUAGAACCUCCGCGCAUGAAACGAGGUCGUGCGGAGGAGGAGAUUGCCCGGAUCAGAAGCUCAUCUCAUGAUAUUAGUCCUAGCCACUCAAAGACCCUGAAGAAGAGCUCGACUUCCGUGGCUGGCUCGUCUCCAUUCCGUGGAGAAUAUGUCAGUCUACUACCUCCUCCAUUGACGCCGAUGAUCAAAUUCAAGAAACCGCCCAAGCCGCCUCCAUCUUUGUCACCCAAUACGAAUCUUCGCAAUCACCGACGCAAGAUUCAGCAAAUGGUGAACUCGCCGAUCAAGCAUCUUGGUCUUGGCGACGAAGAUGUACCGUGGAGUCCGGCUUUCACAAUCCAUGACGAGACCUCGGCAACUCCAAAUAAUGAGAACAUUCAGUUACAUUUCGACAUCUUUGCCGAUUCGGUAGCAGAUGUCGUCUACACACCUUACAAGUCUCCUGAGAAGCGCGCUAUCAAGCGCGACACGGGCACUGGAAAUGCCUUGACCGAGUCAGCAUUGUCUGAUAUAACAUCGACAAGUGUCAAUAAACGAAGUGGUCGUUACCUGUUGUCUAAUAAUGGCAAGGGAUCAUCGGCAUCAUUAUCAUCCCACUUCCAUGAUUCUCCUUCGAAGAUCCCGCCUCAUCAAUCAGCUCGAAUCCUCGACGCAUCAAAUGAUGAUUUUUUCUCAUUCAACAUGUUUGAGGACGGCUCUGACGAUGUUGAUGGAGUGGAUCUUCUCCAAGGAUUCAAGAAGAUUGGUGGUAAUGCCAAAGAUAAUAACAACAGCACCAUAGCCACCACCAAAUCGACCGGGGUCAAACAUCAACUCAAUCGAAAUUACACAUCAUUUUUCUAA